AUGGCUGGAGUGGAAUGCAAGCACACCCGGCUAUUCUGGGUGUGGUUGGUGUGGUCGGUCGUCGGUCGUUCGUCGGUGGUCGUCGGUCGUCGGCCGUUCCCGGUCCGGCACCCUACCUGUGUCGACGCCUGCGGCGUCCUCGUCCUCGUCAGCCCGAUAAUUAAAUCCAUCCUCUGGGUCUGGGGCACAAAGGCGAAGGCAGUGGGCGAUUCGUUCUCCCUAUUAUCCGGACUCCGGGAGAAGCCCAGCCCAGCCCAGCACAGUUCAGCUCAGCUGGGCGACGCUCGCUCGCUCAUCUCGGUAGCGACGCUGUCGGCCCUAGGUACCGGUAGUCUUCCCGGAUAAGUUAGGGGCGAGGACGAGGGCGAGGGCGAGCGAGCGACUGGGUCGAUCGGUA